GGAUGACCAUGGGCUGUAAAGUCAGAAUCUCCCAUGACGAGAACAUUUCAGCGCUAGCCCGUCUAGUGAAGGGACCGGAAUGCCGGCGCUGAUCCAUAUGAGGCUUGACAGCCUACCCCUAAACGUGGUCGAAAUCGUCCUAGGGUUUCUAGAUCUCCAGAGCGUCAAAUCCCUCCGACUCGUUUUCAGGGCACUCAGUCAGAGCUGUAACGGACUCCGAUCCAUUGGGCGGCUGCGUCAUCAGACCACCGACCUCUCCGAAUCGAGCCUCGAGUCCCUGUCCAAACUGGUUUCCCAUGGCUCACUGGGCUCUCGUGAAGAAUCUGGGAUAUCGAACCCCCUAGAUGUCUUGAGGCGCUUCCUGGGUGCCCUCCCCCGGCUUACAACCCUUCAUUUUGCGGCCGUUCAUAUGGCAUACUUCGGCGCGGAUCUGCCGGAAACAGCUACUGCACAUCGACAUCAGUUUGAAGCCGCAGAGAUCUAGCGAGGGCUAUUGUUCGAAACCCGGUUGGAUGGCCACCUCAUGAUGGCUCCCACAUUUGUCUUCCCUGGGUUCUUAGUCGUACCGCCCGAGACGACGGCUUAAGCAUAGGGAAUGUGAAAUAUCUAGAAGGAUUCCAUCGUUAUUUUGCCCAAGUGGGUCACCAACGUGAUAUUCCU